AUGGCACAUCAAAAUUCAAAAAACCUCAACCCUUUCGCACCGGAAUACAUUCCUAUGACCCCUUCCCUCCCGCCGUUGCAACCCCCGUUUCUUCCACCACACCAACUCCCCACAUACUCCGCCGCCCCUCAAAGCCAAGCCUUCUUCCCCGCCCCACUCCCGCCGCAUCAAUUCUUGCCAUACUACACCCACAACCCCUCCGUUGCCGCCCCUCCGCCGCCGCCGGAAACUCGGGGAAGGAGAGAGAGACGCCACGAGCAGUUUUCGCAACGCGGCGUGCGCAAUGCGGAGAGCAAGCACCAAAUCGUGCCUCUAACGCGCGAUCAAGAGGCUACUACUGUUAUGAUCAAGAACAUCCCUUACAAUUGCAGACAGAAAGAGCUGAUCACUAUGCUUGAUGACUUCUGCAAAAAUCAGAACGCGAGAAACGAGACACAAGAAACUCCCUCGCCUUACGCUUACGAUUACCUAUACUUGCCGAUUGAUUUUUGGACUAGAAAAAGCAGAGGUUACGCAUUUGUAAACUUCACCACCUCAAGAGCUGCGUGGGAAUUCCACGACUGCGUUCACCUCACAGAUUGGGGUUUUCAUCACCGACCAAGUUGGCAAAAGAAAAUCGAGAUUGUCUGCGCCGAAAUCCAGGGCAUGGAAGGCGUGUUGAGCCAUUUUUCGGAGUCGGUGUUUGAGUGCGACACCGACGAGUAUCUACCGGUGUGCUUCAGCCCGGCAAGGGAUGGCUCCGGGCAUCCCGUUGAGCUGAUCAUAAUUGGAAAACGGCUGCCCGUAGCUUCGGCUAAUGCGCCACCACAUUCUGCCGAUACGCUAGUUAACCCCGACGUAGGGAUCCUCGACUACACUGAUCCAGACCUUCGCCAGGACGACGCACUCCCCUAUGCUCCAGAUGGUCCUCUUUCUCAUUCCGGCUUCCUCCCCCUCCCCCUCGCCCCACCCUCGUUCCCCGCACGCGCAUACGAGGUAGUGGCCUUGCCCUUGCCCUUGCCCUUGCCCUUCCCUCUCCCUUGCCUCCGCGUCCUCCCUGCCGCCGAUGGCAUCUCAGUGGGAGAAUCCCUGACCGGAGAUAGCCCCAACUCCUCAAUAGAGAAAGUCUCGAUGCCGGUGAACUGA